AUGCUUAACCAAGCUCACAAGAUCACAGACCACCAACAUGAGAUCAAGCUGCGCACAAUGUCGUGGCAGAAGGCUGCAUGGCUGCUGGCUGGAGACCAAGUAUGCCUUGCAAUCAUGGCCCAAACAUGGUCGCUCUCAGUUCUAGGCUGGGUGCCUGGCAUCAUCACGAUGGUUGUAGCCGGCGUUCUGUUCUGGAUCACUUCCAUCACCAUGCACAAGUUCAUCAUGAAACACCCUCAGAUCAAGGACAUCUGCGACUUUGCCUACCUGGCGUGCGGCUCCAGUCGCAUUGCAUAUGAAUUUGCAGGAGCCAUGCUGCUCGCAAACAAUAUUAUGCUGAUCGGUUUCCACGUUCUCACCGGCGCCAAGGUCCUCAACACCUUGUCCGAUCACUCACUGUGCACCGUUGUUUUCUCAGUCAUUGCAACCAUCAUGGGUAUCGUCAUGUCUCUACCUCGAACUCUGCGCCAUGUGUCGUUCAUGUCGAUGUUUUCCGCCUUUUGUAUGGGUAUCGCGAUCUUGCUAUUCCUGAUCUUUGCCGGGAUCGAAGAUGCACCGCUAUACGGUUACGGUGGCGACUAUCCAACUCUUGGAAAGGUUAAGACGUAUGCCUUCCCGCUGGCCGGAACCACCUGGGUUGCAUGCAUGAAUGCCGUCUUAAACAUUACAUUUUUGUGGGUGCCCCAGAUUCUUUUCCCGACCUUCAUCUCCGAGAUGGAAAAGCCACAGGAUUUCCCCAAGGCCCUUGCAGUUCUAGCAGGAAUCUCUGCGUUCUUGUUCAUUGUUCCACCGUCGAUUGGAUUCAGAUACCUUGGUCAAUACUCGACUGCACCAGCAUUUGGCAGUCUGGGUGUUGUCGCAUACAAGAAGGGAUCAUUUGCCUUUGUCAUUGUCCCUACCUUGGUCAUUGGAGUCAUCUACGCCAACGUGACGGCGAAAUUCAUCUAUUUCCGAAUCAUGGGCAAUUCGCGACACGCCCAUUCCAACACCUUCAUCGGCUGGGGUGUGUGGAUCGGCCUAAUGAUCGGCAUCUGGCUCAUCGCCUUUGUCUUCGCCGAGGUGAUCCCAUCCAUGGGCGACUUCUUGUCGCUGCUCGGCGCUGCCUUCGACUCGUUCUUUGGCUUCAUUUUCUUCGCCAUCGCCUAUUACCAGCUGUAUAAGGGCCGAUUCUUUAAUGGUGUGGGCAGAUCGAUCAUGACUGUGGUACAUAUCUUCGUCAUGAUCUGUGGGUUGUUCUUGCUGGGACCCGGGUUGUAUGCCGCUGUCAAAGCCAUUAUUGAUGACUACUCCGGUGGCACUAAGCCGGCCUUCAGCUGUGCUAAUGUUGCCAUCUAG